AUGUCUGACCCACUUCCCGACGCUGUUGACCAGAAGCUCCCCGCCAACGCUGAAGACCGCAAAGCGGCCGCCGCCCUCUCCUCUCUCAACACAAAUGAGAUCGGCACGGAUUCGGCCUCCAAGCCGCUCCCGGCAGCGGAACAGGAGGCACUGGGAAAAGCGAUGAGUCGGUUAGAGAUUGCGGCGGGCACAGGUUCAGCGGCGAAGCGGACAAAUGACGCACAGAAGAAGCAGACGGAGAUGGUGAAGAAGAAGGCCGUUAAGGUGGCGGCGGAAGAUGUCACGCUUUUGGUGGAUGAAUUGGAGUUGAGUAAGGUCAAGGCGACGGAACUUUUGAAAUCUCAUGAUGGGGAUGCGAAGAAGGCUAUUAAAACUUUUGUCACUCCGGCUGUUGGGGCGUAA